AUGGCUUUCCAGCCGUCUGGCGGACUGGGCAAUGGCGGAGGCCCCGGUCAGGUCGAGCAUCAUGGACCGCAGGGAACGGAGUAUACAUUGCAGGGUGUGAUGCGCUUCCUCCAGAUCGAAUGGCAUAGUCACGAACGAGCACGAAAUUCAUGGGACAUUGAGCGGGCAGAAAUGAAGGCAAAGAUUGCGAAACAGGAAGGAGAAUGUCGCCAGGCGAAACGAAUUAAUGAGCAGCUGGAACGACAAGUGCGCAUGCUGGAGCUUGCAUUGAAGAACGAGCGUGCCAAAGCGAAGGGAGUGCAGGGAGGGCCGAAUGGUGUCGCGCCAGAGGAUAGCGUCACCACGAACGGGGAGAAACAGACCAAACCCGCCUUUCGGCCACAUAAUUCCUUCUUGGAGACUGCGGAUCUGCAAGAGCCAAGCGAGAAAGAGCGGGAACAAUACCUGGACAACACGACCAAGUACCUCAAGAACUGCAUGAAGGAGAUUCAGUAUCUUUUGACGCCUCCUCAGCACCCUCCACCACCGCACAUGCUGCCCAAUGGAAGCUUUGCUGGGCUUCCGGAUGCUCCUCUGCCUAUGGACGAUAUGUACGCUCGCCAUCAGAGAAACUCUCGCGGCUCAGGUCAGGUACUUCCUCAGCCGUCAGCCAUGCCAAACCAUCAACCGCCUUCAGUGCCCAACAGUCUCCCGCAGACCUCAAGACAGCAGCAGGAGGAGCUAGGGCAGACCCUGGGAUAUCCUGAAUAUACCAAUGCCAAUCAACAGCCUUCGGAAGUCCUCCAGCCUGGCCUCCAAUCCUCCGAAACUUAUGAAGAACAAGUCGAAAACAUAACGCAUACUUACGACAACCGUGGGCGACCAGUACUCGAGCCAGGUAAACAGCAGCUGUCUCGCCAAGUUCAGCAACAAAUCGAUCCCGACAAUUGGCAAUUCGACGAGGAACCGCCUCCACCACCAGAAAACCCGCCUCCUGAGAUACCCCCGCCCAGACGACCGGACACUGAUCUGUUCCCAAGUGCUGCCAGCGCAUCUCAGCUUCCUUCGAAAUCUCCUCCGCGGAGUGGCCCAUCUCCGCACGGCCGAAGAAAGAGCUCGCUCGGUUCGCAAGGAAUGGAACGGCGGCGCAGCUCUCACGGAAACAAGAGCAGGACUCACGAUGGUGCUGAGAGUGCGAUAAUGAAUGAUCCGAAUCUUUUCAAGGUCAAGUUCGCGCUGCGUGGUCAUCUUGAUGUCGUGCGAAGCGUGAUUUUCAGUGGUGGCGGCAGCCCAAGUGAGCCAGAGGUGUGCACAGCUGGCGACGAUGGUACUAUCAAACGAUGGAUAAUACCCGCGACAUAUCAGAACUACAAUCCGGGCAAUAAUGGCGCCGAUCUGGACAUUCCGGCAUAUUUUACGCAUAGAGGGCAUGAGGGCAUUGUGACCUGUCUGGCAGCAUGCCCGGCUAGCACUGGAUUCAAUACCGGAGGACGAGCGAAUGGCGAUGGCUGGAUUUUCUCUGGCGGACAAGACUGUACUGUUCGCGUUUGGGAAAGAGGACGCGUCGACUCCAAAGCUACCCUCGAAGGUCAUACCGAUGCUGUGUGGGCCAUCUGCAUUCUUCCCGCAUCAGUUGGGGUGGUCUUUGGCUCGCAAAGCAGCAACUUCGGCGGCCCCGACAGAGUGCUGCUUGUGUCAGGCUCGGCGGAUGGUACUGUCAAGGUCUGGGCCAUCAGUGCGCCGCCGCAGAGCUCAUCACCCUCCACUGGAAGCCGUCGAGGCGUGGGUGGCAGUCGACGACAUAGUGUCACCAGCGGCAGCAACUUUCCUUCGAGUCCACAGCCCAGCUUCGCUAGCAGCACGCCCUUCAGUUCGACACUCAUUCACUCCAUCGAGCGGCCCGAAGCCUCAAACGCGAGACCGACCAGCAUCUGCCCACUGUCCCCAUCUGGCGAGACAUUCGUCGUCAGCUAUUCGGAUUCCUCGGUACUGAUAUUUGACACAAGGACAGGCGAGGAGGUCAUUGGAAUGGCGAGCAAUGAGACUUAUGACGGGACGAUGAAUACCAGCAUUAAUGCCGUUGUUGCUACUAGCCUUGGCCUCGAAGGGUCUGGUACGAGUAGCAUUGACGCAGCAAGAGGACUUGAGUCUGACGAGGUCGGCGGAGGAGCUACCGGCGGAAGAGCGGGUGCGGAAGGUAUUGUCAUCACUGGGCACGAAGACCGCUUUGUCCGGUUUUUCGAUGCCAAUAGUGGACAGUCGACCUACGCUAUGCUUGCCCACGCGAUGCCGAUCUCUGCUUUGUGUCUGUCAAGAGAUGGUCGGGAGCUUGUGUCAGGGAGCCACGAUGCAGGGAUUCGAAUCUGGAGUAUGGAGAAGCGCGCGUGUACUCAAGAGCUGAACGCUCACAGAGUAUCGCGAGGAGAGGGAGUGACUGCUAUCGUCUGGAGCAGCGAUGGCAGGCUUCUUGUGAGCGCGGGCGGUGACGGCUGUGCUAAAAUCUUCUUUAAGAACAUUUGA